GAAAUAGACAGACGGUUGGAAAAGAAGCUGAAGAUCACACAGAAGGAAAGUAGAAAGUCCAAAUCUCCUCCCAAAGUGCCGAUCGUGAUCCAGGACGACAGCCUUCCUGCAGGUCCUCCCCCGCAGAUCCGCAUCCUGAAGAGGCCAACGACCAACGGUGUCCUCAGCAAUCCCAACUCUGCCAGCCGACCGGCCUUCCCCGUGAAAUCCCUGGCACAGAGGGAGGCGGAGUACGCAGAAGCCAGGAAACGAAUAUUGGGCAGCGCCAGCCCCGAAGAGGAGCAGGAGAAACCCAUUCUAGAUAGGCCAACGCGGAUCUCCCAGCCAGAAGACACCAGACAGGCCAACAAUGUGAUCAGGCAGCCACUGGGUCCCGAUGGCUCACAGGGCUUCAAGCAGCGCAGAUAGACGCGGAGACACCAGGCUGCCGCGCAAGGCUGGGAUACGGACACACGGACCUGGGCAAAGGGAACUCCCUGGUUGAUUUGCACUGUGACCCCCUUUGCUCUGCCCACUGUGACCUUCAGCCCCACGCACUGUGACCUCCCCUC